UCCUUUAAAACGGAAAAAUCCAUAUUCGAAUCCGUUCCACUGGAGCAGGUCCCCCACUCCUUAACUCGAACCUCAACAGCUCUUUAGAUCAAUGGAUUCACAUAUCAAACUCCGCACACACAGUGCUAGUGGACAGCCACCGUAACAAGUGAAUCUCUUCGUCCUUUCGCCGUCUCUCCAGAAUAUUGCUUUCUUAAAGAUGGAGCAAACUACCAUUUGAUUGAGCUUGGCUUGAUCAUUGGCUUUUUUUCUUCUUCAUCGGGAGAAUAUAUAUGUUUUUCUCUUUCUGUAGACUUGUUUAAACAUUUUAGUUUUGGAUGCCUCCUCCGUUCUCAUGAAUUGAAUUCAACUUUGCUGCUUUUGAAGAAAGGACGCAUUAGGGGUUUUUAUGUUUGUGGGACAGAAGCGCAUAAAGGUGUAGCUGAAAUAUGGAGAAUAUUCUUGGAUUUAUUUGGCUGAAAAAGCUCGCUUUUGUAGUCCUCUGGGUAGUCUAUUUGAACAGUGAUGCUGAAGUAUACGGUUCACAGGUGAAGAACUUUAUCUCGCUGCAGUUUUUGCAGGAGCCUGCUGAUAUUGUGACAGUGAGAGGGGGCAACGUGCAGCUGGACUGCUCUGCAGAGUCGGACCAAGGCACUCCUGUCAUCUCCUGGAAGAAGGAUGGGGUGUUCCUAAACUCAGCGGUGGAGGAGAGGAGACAGCAGCUACCUAACGGGUCUCUCAUAAUACAAAACGUGGUGCAUUCCCGGCACCACCGGCCGGAUGAAGGGCUGUACCUGUGUCAGGCCUCACUGGAGGGUGUGGGCGCCAUCGUGAGCAGGACAGCUAAAGUAACAGUAGCUGGGCCUUUGAGGCUUGUCACUCAAACAGAGUCUGUCUCAUCCUUUGUCGGAGACACUGCCCUUCUAAAGUGUGAGGCGUCGGGAGAGCCCAUGCCUUUGGUACACUGGCAGAAGAACCGUGAGGAUCUCCCAGUGGACCUCAACGGUGACAGUCGUGUGGUGGUGCUGCCUUCCGGGGCACUGCAGGUCAGCAGGGUGCAGCCUCCUGACUCUGCAACCUACCGCUGCCUGGCCGAGAACCCAGGCAGCUCCCGGACUGGCAACGAUGCUGAGCUCAAAGUGCUGCCAGAGCCAGGCAUUCACAGACAAGUAUCCUUCCUUCAGCGACCUUUAAAUGUGGUGGCUUCCGAAGGAAAAUAUGCGAUCCUGGAAUGUUCUGCUUCUGGGUUUCCAAUUCCAAGCUUUCUGUGGAUGCGAGGAAAUGAACUAAUCCAAACAAGUUCAAAAAAGUAUUCCUUGCUGGGAGGUAGCAACCUGCUCAUUAGCGGUGUCACAGAUGAUGAUUCUGGAACCUACACCUGCAUAGCGUCAAACAAGAAUGAGAAUAUUAGUGCCUCGUCUGACCUCUCUGUGAUGGUACCUCCGAGGUUUCUGAAUUACCCCUCUAACCUCUACGCCUAUGAAAGUAUGGAUAUUGAGUUGGAAUGUGCUGUCACAGGAAAGCCUGCACCUACCGUUCGGUGGGUUAAGAAUGGAGAAGUGGUUAUCCCAAGUGACUACUUUCAGAUUGUGGGUGGCAGCAGCCUUCACAUCCUGGGUCUAGUAAAAUCGGAUGAGGGAUUCUAUCAGUGUGUUGCAGAGAACGAUGCAGGGAAUGUGCAAGCCAUUGCCCAGCUUAUCAUCCAGGAACCCGUUGUCCCAAACACCAGUGCCCUCCCCUCUGCUCCCAGAGAUGUGGUCCCUGUCCUGGUCUCCAGCCGCUUUGUGCGUCUCAGCUGGCGCCCACCUGUAGAGACCCAUGGAAGUGUCCAGGCCUACACUGUCUACUUCACCAGAGAAGGCACCAACAGAGAGCGAGCCACAAACACCUCGCAGUCAGGCACCUUGCAGCUCACAGUGGGGAACCUGAAGCCUGAGGAAACAUAUUCCUUCAGAAUAGUAGCUUACAAUGAACAGGGACCAGGAGAGAGCUCACAGCCUAUCAGAGUUUCUACUCAGCCUGAACUACAAGUUCCAGGGCCAGUAGAGAACCCCCAGGCUGUGGCCACAUCUGCAACCUCAAUCCUUGUUUCCUGGGAAGCACCUGCUUAUGACAAUGGCCCAAUCCAGGGCUACAGAUUGUUCUGCACAGAGACAACGUCGGGAAAAGAGCAGAAUCCUGAAGUGAAUGGGCUGUCCUACAAGUUGGAGGGACUGAAGAAGUUUACUGAGUACUCAAUUAGGGUUCUGGCAUACAAUCGAUAUGGAACAGGCAUAUCCACUGAGGAUCUGAAGAUUACCACACUUCCAGAUGUGCCGAGUUCCCCCCCUCAGAACAUUUCUUUGGAAGUUGUCAACUCAAGAAGUAUUAAAGUCAGCUGGAUGCCUCCACCCUCAAACAUGCAAAAUGGCUUUAUCACUGGAUACAAAAUCCGACACCGAAAAACUGGGCGCAGAGGAGAACAAGAAACGCUUGAGCCAAAUAACCUUUGGUAUCUGUUUACAGGGCUGGAGAAAGGAAGUCAGUACAGUUUCCAGGUGGCUGCCAUGACUGUGAUUGGGACGGGCCCUUCCACAGAAUGGUACACAGCUGAAACUCCAGAGAAUGAUCUAGAUGAAUCCCAGGUGCCAGAUCAGCCAAGUUCUCUCCACGUUAGACCCCUGACCACCAGCAUUGUCAUGAGCUGGACACCCCCGCUGAACCCCAGCAUUGUGGUCAGGGGUUACAUCAUUGGGUAUGGGGUGGGCAGUCCCUAUGCCGAGACUGUCAGAGUGGACAGCAAGCAGCGCUACUUCUCCAUUGAAAAUCUAGAGCCAAGCUCCCAUUAUGUUAUUUCCCUGAAGUCCUUCAACAAUGCAGGAGAAGGGGUUCCUCUCUAUGAGAGUGCAGUUACCAGAUCUAUGACAGACCCUGUUGACACAACAGAUGAUUUGUAUCAUUUGUUUGAUAAAUUCCCUACCCCAGUCCCAGAUACCUCCACCCCCAUGAUCCCACCUGUAGGUGUGCAGGCUGUGGCACUCACCCCUGACUCUGUACGGGUCAGCUGGGCUGACAAUUCAAUGUCCAAGAACCAGAAGAUGACCGAGGUGCGCUUCUACACUGUCAAAUGGAAGACCAGCUACUCCACCAGCGGCAAAUACAAGUCUGCAGACACCACAGCCCUCAGUCACACCGUCACAGGACUCAAACCCAACACCAUGUACGAGUUUUCUGUCAUGGUAACGAAAGGUCGAAAGUCAAGCACAUGGAGUAUGACUGCACAUGCGACAACCUAUGAAGCUGCUCCCAGUUCUGCCCCAAAGGAUCUCACUGUAAUCAACAGGGAGGGGAAACCUCGGGCCAUCAUCAUCAGCUGGCAGCCACCAUUGGAGGCCAAUGGAAAAAUCACAGGAUACAUCCUUUUCUACACGUUGGACAAAAACCUGCCCAUUGAUGACUGGGUUAUGGAGUCUAUCAGUGGUGACCGGCUCACCCACCAGGUCAUGGACCUCACCCUGGACACGGUUUACUAUUUCCGCAUCCAAGCCAAGAAUGCAAAGGGGGUUGGCCCGCUUUCUGACCCUAUCCUCUUCAGGACUCCGAAAGUUGAGCAUCCUGACAAAAUGGCUAAUGACCAAGGUCGUCAUGGAGACGGAGGGUACUGGCCAUCUGACACCAAUCUGAUAGAUAGGAGCAGCCUUAACGAGCCUCCCAUUGGUCAGAUCCACCCUCCUCAUGGCAGCGUGACCCCUCAGAAGAACAGCAACCUGCUGGUUAUCAUCGUGGUCUCAGUGGGCGCUGUCACUGUGGUGGUUGUGGUUAUCGUGGCUGUCAUUUGUACACGCCGCUCGUCAGCACAGCAAAGGAAGAAACGUGCCACCCACAGCACAGGCAAGAGAAAAGGCAGCCAGAAAGAUCUUAGGCCCCCGGAUCUGUGGAUCCACCACGAGGAGAUGGAGCUGAAGAACAUUGAGAAGCCCUCGGGUUCCGAUCCCUCAAGCCGUGAUUCGCCCUUGCAGGGCUGUCAGGACAUCACGCCUGUCAGUCACAGCCAAUCAGAGAGCCAGAUGGGCAGCAAGAGCAGUCACUCAGGUCUGGAUGCGGACGAGGUGGCCAGCAGUAUCUCCACACUGGAGCGCUCCCUUGCUGCCCGCAGAGCUACACGCACCAAGCUAAUGAUCCCCAUGGACUCCCAGCCUAGCAACACACCCAUUGUAAGUGCCAUACCCGUGCCAACAUUAGAAAGUGCCCAGUACCCAGGAAUCCUGCCUUCGCCCACCUGUGGGUACCCGCACCCACAGUUCACGCUUCGCCCAGUGCCAUUCCCCACGCUCACCGUUGAUCGAAGCUACGCGUCAGGUAGAACGAUAGCAGAGGGCACUGCGUCACACUCCCAGCAUCAGUCUCUGCUCGCCCAGACGCAGUCAGAACAUGCAGUCACUGAGGAGGUACCCAGCAGAACUAUCCCCACAGCCUGCGUUCGUCCCACUCACCCUCUCCGCAGCUUCACCAACCCCUUGCUACCUCCCCCCAUGAGCGCCAUUGACCCCAAAGUCCCCUACACACCACUUCUGUCUCAGACAGGUGCAAACCUACCAAAGGCUCUGGUGAAGACUGCCUCCUUGGGUUUAGCUGGAAAGGCGAGAUCUCCACUGCUUCCGGUUUCCGUGCCAACAGCCCCAGAGGCCACAGAGGAGGGCCAUAAACAGCCAGAAGACCCUGCCAGUGUAUAUGAACAAGAUGACCUGAGUGAACAAAUGGCUAGUCUAGAAGGACUAAUGAAGCAACUUAAUGCCAUCACCGGCUCAGCCUUUUAACAACAACAACUGACAGAGGCAAAGCCAACAGAAGCAUCACAGCACACCAGUAUUCCACAAUUGAAAAUACUGACAAGGAGGGUCGUAAUGAUACAGUUCCAUUUAAGUAAAGGAAACCACAGCUCUGUCUUUUCCUAAGACAUUACUUUGGACAAGGCUUCAGUAAAAAAAAAAAGCACUGGCAAGCCACAAAAAAAGAUUUUUUCUAGAUUUAUUUUUUCAUUUUUUUUUCAACCAGUAACCUGAGUUCAACUUGCAAGUGAUUUAUUUUAAGCUAGCACUCUGGAAACAGAAAGAGUCAACUUAAACCUGUUUUCGCCUUUGUAUUGAACCCUGUUUAAGUAAUUUGUUUAAAACGUCACGCUAGUGUUAGUCUACACAGAGUCACAUAGAUCCCUUUCUCACUCCUGUAGAAACCAGCAAGGGUGUCAAAACAGUUGCUGCUGGUUGGUUACAUUGGGAACUUGGAUAUAUUAACUGGUUUGCCACUGGAACACCCUAUUCUGGUUUGAACUGGAGCUGUUCAUACCAUUGCACUCCGUCUGACCUGGAUAGCUGUUAGCCAACUGAUGCUGAAUUAGAAAGCAGGAUGUUAUAUACAGGUUUUGUGUAAUGCCCCUGUUUCUCUUUUUAACCAACAUUGAUAAGUCCUAAUGUCACAUGACGAAUCUGGACAGCCUGUAAAACGUAAUCUUUAGCGUAAACAAUGUUUUUUUUUUUU